GCUGUGAACUGGACGUUCUUUCAUUUUAGCUGAAGAACGAAAAUUGUCUGCUUGUUUUCCCCAUGAUGUCUGUCUGAGGACCAAAAGCAUUAAACGAACUCUUAUUCCUGGCCUGAAAGAGGCCGUGCCGCACACGAAGAGACUGGGAACAUAUCUGUUGACCUAAACAAUUUAACGGAACCGUUGCCGGUCGUCAAAGAAGCUUUGCUGUUCCUUUAACUUAGACACUGGGAAUCCAACUCAGCGUUCUAUCGUGUCUGACUCGCCAAGAAUAUCUGACAAGACAGGAGCUCAUCAGUUGACGAAGAGGAAGACAGCAGGAGUUGCAGGGAUUCGAGCAUCGGGCCCUGAGAUGACAUCACAGCAGCCACAGCUCCCCAAUGCUGUUAUUCCUCCCCAGCUUGCCCAGAACUCCUCUGCUCCGCAGGCCCGGCCUCACAUUCAGGCAAAUCAGCUGGACUCAAGUCAGAGCAGUGCAGGGCCUCUGGACCACAGAGCUCUGACAGGCAGGCCGGGCUGCUCCGGUGUGGCAGCGACCAACGGGGAGGUGGCUAACAGGAACGUUUCUGCCUCCUGCACCAAGUCCAGCUUGUCCAGAAGAGAUGGGGGCUUUGAGCCAUGGCCCGAGGAAGCAGUGGACAACUCCCAUGGGCUGUACUCACUGCACCGCAUGUUUGACAUAGUUGGAGCCCAGCUGACACACCGGGAUGUCAGGGUACUGUCAUUCCUGUUUGUUGAUGUGAUCGACGAGUAUGAGCGUGGUGGCAUCAGGAGUGGAAGGGAUUUCCUGCUGGCCCUAGAGCGCCAGGGUCGCUGUGAUGAGACCAACUUCCGACACGUUCUCCAGCUUCUAAGGAUUAUCACUCGCCAUGACCUGUUGCCUUAUGUCACACUCAGGAAACGGCAGGCCGUGUGCCCAGACCCUGUUGACAAAUACCUGGAAGAGACGUCAGUGCGCUACAUUUCACCAAGAGGAGCAGUGCAGAGCAAGGACACAGCGCCUCACAGACGAACAGGUCCUCAGCCAGUCAUUUGCUGUUCCCCGUCAGGACCCCAUGUUGGCCCUCCCCGAACAAAGCCAGCUCCUCCUGUUCCAAACCGCAAACGGAGGAGAAGUCAUUCCUCAGCUGACUGCAGAGAGAAGCAAACAUGUGAUAUCCGCCUCCGGGUUCGCGCUGAAUACUGCCAGCAUGAGUCUGCGCUUCAAGGCAACGUCUUCUCCAACAAGCAAGAGGCAGUGGAGCGACAGUUUGAGCGCUUCAACCAGGCCAACACAAUCCUCAAAUCCCGAGACUUAGGCUCCAUCAUCUGUGACAUCAAGUUCUCUGAGCUCACCUACUUGGAUGCCUUCUGGAGGGACUACAUCAAUGGAUCUUUGCUUGAGGCCCUUAAAGGGGUAUUUAUCACAGAUUCCUUAAAACAGGCUGUGGGCCAUGAGGCUAUAAAACUGUUGGUCAACGUUGAUGAGGAGGACUACCAGGCUGGUCGACGCAAACUGCUCCGUAAUUUGGUCACAAAUGGAGGGAGCCCACCAGGAGCUAGCAAAGACUGUGUAUCUUAGACGCACUCUUCAGGUGGAAGCAUAUGGGAGGAACGCUGCUGUGCCUCCCCCACAGGGAAUAGAGUGAGAUGUGGUUGUGUCGUUUGAGGUGCCCGGAAUGUGUGCCUGAAAGGAACUAAAGAACUUCUAGCCACCACAUUGAUUCCUUGAGAGCUAAGGUCAUAGGACAUCUUCUUGGCACCCCUAAGCGUAGCAUGCGAGAUGAUUGGGAACUAUGUUAGCAGAAAGAAGUAGGCGAUGCAUACAGGUUGACAUUAUUUUGAAUGUUAAGCUGCUCAUUUUCUUCAAGGAGGAGAACGCUGAUUCAUGUGUGCAUUGAAUUGAACUAAUUUCUUGUUUCUGGUAUGUUAGCUCAUUGAAACACAUUUGUUAACUCUAAUGAUACUCUUCACUCCUGUUCAAAAGUGGAGUUAUUUUCAAUACAGGAAACAUGCUUAACACUGACAAGUUACUCCCAGUGGGAGUUGUACCUUAUUGUCAAACUGGUUCAUCUCUUUUCCAGGUUUUUCAGGUACAUUACAGAUUGAUUGGAUUAACCCAAUGAGAGAGUGUUCUGUAUGUUAUAGAAAGGCGCAGACCGUAGUUGACCUACAAUUUGUUUUUUCUAUCAGCUUAUUAUCCUACUUUCCCAAAACUUUGCAGAGUUUCCUUGUCUGGAAAGAUGAACCCUUCCAGAGCCUUUUUAUUGGCUCAUAUUUGGUCACUGUUUGACAUUAUUGUGUUUUGGCUUUGUUUUAACCAGUUAUCAUGUUUUACAACAUAGCUUGUUACCAGCAGCUGUGAUUCUGGCCUAAUUUGAAGUGUCACGUCACUGCCAAUAUUUAAAACUUUGUGGACUGUUCUAAUGUUUUGUCGUUUUCCAAUGAAACAUUGAGUCGUUCACAGGUGUUUUAGAUUUGUUUGAUUUGCAAAUCAGUGCCAGUUUCAUUGUCCGCCUGUAACUCUGGACCUCUGCUUACUGACCCUCUCACUCAUGUUCACUUUUAUAUAUAUUUAUAUAUAUAUAUAUGUGUGUAUAUGUUACUGUAGAUAUAUCAGACAGAUAUACCACUGAACUUUUUAUUUUAUUUGAAGUGACAAAUGACAACAAACCAACAGCAGAUGAAAAUCACAGUCAGUAUGUGGACAGUCAUCUCAGUUGUGCAGGUGGUAAGAUGCCAGAACAACUUUAAAUAAUUCACAGGGCUUGGGCUUGUUUUUGUGAAGUUAAAGAUAUUUCACUCAACCGUACUUGGAAGUUUCACAAGUGAAAUCCUCAGCACAUUCUCCGUGGAUAUCUCGUGCCUCCUUGUGGAAGAGGAUGUUGAGGCGACAUACUCAGAAGGCGUUAUGAGCAGGUGUUGCACUCACUUCCUCAUCUAGUCGCUUGACAUCCUGUUGGUCGUGUAGGAGAAACGACAUCCUUCUCCGUCGGGAGGUGUGACAUCUCCAUGGGCUUUCACAAACUUAUAAGGUUUUAAAACUGAAAAAAUAGGACGUUGUGGACCAACAGAAUAGCAAGGCAUAUAGCAUGUUGAUCCACUACAGUUUAAUGCGCAGUUCCUUAACAAUAACAUGCUUCUAGUGGUAGAAGACCACUUCUACAGUGUAGCCUGAAAUGCUAAUUAACCAAAAUGUGAAUUUACAUUCUUUAUCUUCCUUUUUUUUUUUUGGGUAACCGUGGAAUGAGAUGAAUUAACAGACAUUAGGUUCGAUGGGUGCCUGUAACAAGCACAUGUUGACAGUAUUACUGAUUAUAGCUUUAAUUUUAUGCAGUCAUAAAAAUACACUGUUGUGGCCACUGUUAUUGUAGUUCUGGGAAGCCCCCCUUGAACAGCCUGAGAUCUUCAUCGCAUGGAUUCAACAAGGUGUUGGCGAGUAGAGAUUCAUGUUAACAUGAUAGCCUCAAGUAAUUUGUUGUCCAGGCUGCAGGAGUCCAACAAGGCUGAAAAUUCUACUUAUCUGAAAUAAUAUUUAGCUGUGAUAACAUUGUCAGGAGAUUGGAAGUUUAUAUGGUCUGGGACGCAUUCAUCCCACACAGCUUGUUAUUUUGAGUAACUUCCCCUUUUUAGUUUAUUAGCGCUGCAGCGUCAGCAAGCUUCAGAACUGGUGCACAGCAUUAACAGUUUGUGACAUACCCAUUGACGAGUCCGCCGCAGGUGCCGUUGAGCCCAUGGCGUUAUCCAUAUUUCCACCCUUUGUUCUUCUUGUAGAGGCAAAACAUUGCAGGCUGGCGGUACCAAGUGCAAAGCAAACCUUCUCAAUUCCAGUGAUUUUUUUUUUUUUCAUAGAAAUUAAAUUCAGAGUUUAUGGAACUGUUGACAGUGGUUUGACUUUGUGAAUUAGGAACACACUGUCCACUACUGCCAUACUAUUUCUUCUCAUGCAGGUGCAGGACUGCCGUGCAUGUUGGCGGCCAACUGGCUGUAGGCUGUAGUCUCACUUUUAACAAAAAACGUGAGUCGACCAACAUUAUCACCAGACAAUGUCAGUGUAAGACGUAUCCUACAAAAUCCUGGAUUAUGUUCAGAGACAACAUCCUUCAAAGUCUUGCUUUCUGCGAUGUCAUGAGCAUGGCAAUUGCACUAUCGUUAUGGUUAGAAAAAUAUUGUGGUUAUGUUUAAUAAAUAGGCAAAUUUCAAUUGCAGGUCCGGGAUGCAAUUUCCAAUCUUCUGUAUCAAAGUCAGACCCACACAUGCCCAUCUAUCAACCCAACCUCCACACCCUUACUUUCAAGUGCAUAAAGAACACACUGCUUUCUACACUGGCACUGAAUGUUGGCAUUUGACGUAAAUCAUGACGUGCAGAAUCGUUCGGUAUGCGGACAAUUCCUCGGAAUACUGGCCGGAGUCAAUACCAAGUCAAGGGGGCGCCAUAGUCGUAUACUUUCAGAUUCUCUGAAUUGUGAUUUUUAAAAAAGAAAGAAUGGUGUACCAGUAACGUUUUGUUUGGAAAUGUUUAAUAUCAGUGAUAAUGUGUCAGAGUUGAAGUAUAACCACAAUGCUGUUUUGUGAUGAGAUUAUUUAGAUUUUAUUACAGAAGAACGUUAGAGACUGAAUGUCAUUUCGGCAAGGACUGUCAUUUGAACUGCCAGUCUCUAAGGCUAAUAUCUUACAUUUUUUCUUCAUUUCUCAUUACUCCGUGCACAAAGCCAAAUGAUUGACAUAAAAACAUGUGCAGACUCAUACUGUGUACUUGUCAGCAAAGUAAUGUUUUGAUCCAUUUCUUCACUUCCCAUCUUGUUAUUUUACUUGCUGCAUUACAAAUGCAUUUCUUAUUCUUUUUGCCAAAUCUCUGUAAUCUCAUUUUGCCUCUGAUUUAAAAAUGUAAUGAACUCUUGUCUAGCUUUCCAUCAGGUAGCAUUUUACUUUUAUGUACCCUAUUAAAUUCAGUGUAUGUUUCUGCCAAAUAUAUUCUUCCUGCUACAAAAGCCCUUAUCUCUGCUGUAUCAUACCAUCCAUGGGUACAUAUCCGAACUCACAAGUCAUGACUGACAGGCCACUAUUACUGUGAAUUAUAUAGAGUAGGCCUACAUUUUAUAUUUUUACCCCAGUGGAAUUUCAUGUAAAGGUUGCAAGUUAGUAUCUAUUAUAUAGGUUGGUGUAUGUUCUGUUCGUUGUAUGUUAUGUUAGUUGUUAAAUGCAGCUGUCUCUUACACAAAAUUGCAUGUAACCUGUUAGGAUCUCCUGAAAUGUCAUAGAAACUCACAGUGCUAACAAUUUGUAAAUAACUUUAUUGGAUGUCAGGUUUUCUUACUGCAAUUUUGCAUUUCUUUCAGAAAACAGACAAGUAGGACUGUUAAUAAAUGAGAUGGAUGGGUUUUGUU